CCUUGAUAUCUAUAACGAUUUUUUGAGAAAAUUUAAAAAUGAACAAAAAUUGUCAAAACAAUUUUUAUUAUUUAGUAAGCUAUUCGGAGUGAAGAUUGUAAAUAUCAUCUCUAUAAAUAAAGCAUGGACUAUUCGCGAGUCCCUGAUAAGGCUGUUAAACUGUCUGAACUACUGGAUCUAGCUCUUGGAACACCUGAUCCAGGGUCGGUUAACUUCGGAAUAUUGUAUAUCAUUUUAUCACAUAUAAUAAAGCACCUCAAACUCAGCGAUGUGGAGCCAGAUGUAGAGAAACCUUCAAAUGAACCACGGUCACAGAAUGAAGCAAAAAUAUCAACUUCUGAAUUGGCCCCAAAUAUAUUCCAUAAUAUUCAAAAAAGAUUAACCACUAUUGAAUCUCAAUUAGCCUUAUUGAAUUCUUUACCAAAUAAUGAAGAUAUUAUUGGUUACAUUGAUAAUGAUAUACAUAAUAAAAAGAAUAAUAAUAAUAAUAAUUCAUUAGAUAAUUCAAAUGAUAAUUAUAGAAAAGUUACUAAUUUAUGGCAAACUGUACAAACUAAUAAACGUUUAGAUGCUACAGAAGAAGGUCUUCAUCGAUUAAGCUCCUUGACAGAUGACCUACUUGAACAAAUCAAGAAGUUUUCAGAACAAAAUAGAGCAUUGAAAUCUGCACUUGACGAAGCACUAUUAAACUCUGCAUUUAAGGAUCAAUUGGCUGAAUUAACACGAAAAUUAGGUGAAAUUGAAAAACGCCAAAAUCAAGAAGCAGCUCUUUUACAAAAUGUUGUUCAUAUGGAUGCAUUACGUGGUUUAGUAUUUUGGCAUACAUUAGGCAAAUCAAUUACUGGAGUAGAUUAUUUAACUGCUUAUUCACAAGUCAAUACUACUAACAAUAAUAAUGGUAAUGGUAAAUCACAUCAUGUCAAUACUACUGAUAAUAAUCUAAUGAAAGAGGAAUCAAAUCGUUUAACAAAGUGUUUACCAGAAGAAUUUCUUGAAUGUCCAGAUCCGGAUCUAUCGUCUACACUUCGAAAACUUGGAAAUGUAGCCUCUGGAUUUGAUUCAGUAGUUAAUCGAAUUGAACAACUUGAAGAAAUUAUAAAACAAAAACCUGAUCGUAGUGAACUAGAAGGUUUGGGUGUACCAACAGAAUUAUAUGAAAAACUAUAUAGUUUAGAAGCUAUUGUUAAAGAGUUAGCCAAGGAAAGAGAAAAGAUUUAUGUGGAUUGUGGAACAUCGCCUCAUAUGCCUUAUCCGUCUGAUGAUAAGAAAUUAUUGAAAAAACUACAAAAUACCAUGUCAGUAUUACAAGAACAAAUUAAUCAAUUGAAUAAUACUGUUACUAAUGUACAAGCACAAUUUAAAAAACUUCAUGAAACUGUUGAGGAUGUUAAACAGUAUGCAGAUGAUUUGGAAACGCGUAAAGCAGAUGCAAAUUAUGUUGACACACAAUUAGACAAGGUUAGUUGA